AUUGACGGCGGUGUCAUGGCGACGUACGGAGUUAGUUUUGAGAGUUCAAGCAGCAUCGACGAAAGAAAGGAAAAAAAACGGCAGGCACGACAAGAGGUCAUAGAAAAGGCCAAGCAUCAGCAUGAGAAGGAAGAGAGGAGGAAGGAGCUGAAGAGGCUGAGAGGGGAGGACACUUGGAUGCUCCCUGAGGUCAACCAGAGGUUGCAGCAGAUGCACGAAGAUGGCUCUGUAAAGAGUAAAAAGAAGAAAGAGAAGAAAUCCAAAAAGAAAAAGGAGAAAAAGAAGAAGGCCAAGAAAGAGAGGAAGACGGCAGAAGCAGGAGAUGGCUCCAGCGACAGUUCAGAGGACUCAGGGGAUGAGUGGGUUGAAGCUCAGCCUCAGACACAGACUGCUAAAGCCUGGCAAGUUUCUGACGAAUCCAAGCCUUCAGAGAGCAACCUCAGCCCAGCCCAGAAUACCCAGAGAGACGAAUGGAUGACUUUUGACUUUCUUGCAAUGAAAACCACGUCCACCACUGAGAGAAGGGCUGAGAAAGAACGGCUGAAAGAAGAAGAGAGAGCCAAGGCUCAGGCCAUUGAACAGGCUGGUUUGCACAAACUGGAGCUGAACCCGUACUGGAAAGAUGGAGGAACUGGUCUGCCCCCAGAGGAGAUAGCUGGUACUGCAUCCAAAAAAGGCCCAGUAGUGAAUGAUGGCGGUCUGAGCUGGCUGAGGAAGAGCUACCAGAGGAUGAAGGAGCAGGCAGAGAGGGAACGACGCAGCUUCAACGAUGUGGUGGCCGAGAGAUACGGAUCAAUGGAAGAAUUUCAGCAGAGACUUGCUGACGCUGAGAAAGCUGUGUUUGGUGAGAGGAGAGGAGAAGGAGACGGUGCAGCGAGAGGCGGGUGGAGGAAAGGAGGGGAAGAGACCAAGGAAAGAUGGAGGAGAAGAGAUGAAAAUAUGGAAAGAGACUCAUCACCCCGAGACAGAGAGAGAUACCAUGAUGGAAGAGGCGACGGGAGGGAGAGGGAAAGGUAUCGAGGAAGAGAGGAGGAGAGGAGGCGAGAUGGAGACAAGUAUAGUGAGAAGGAAUGGCUUAGAGAGAGGGAAAGAGACAGAUACAGGGAAAGAGAGAGGGAGAGGGAUGGAGGGAGAGAUAGAGACAGAGAUAAAGACAGAGACAAAGAAAGGGAUAGGUAUAGGGAUGAAGAUGGGGUGAAAAAUAGAGAAAAAGAUAUAUCCAGUGCAUCGUCAUCAUCAUCUUCCGGGCAGAGUUGGAAUCAACGCGCCCUCUCUCUUGGGUCACUAAAAGGCCGCUUCCUCAAACCCUCAGAAGAUGAUGACAAUGGUGAAGCUCCAGAGCGUUCUCGUCCUCCUCCAGCACGUCCGUCCACAGGAUUCCUGAAACCCAGCUCCGAUGAUGAGGACUCUGGGCCACGUAGCAGCAGCAUUCCAGCCUGGAAGAAGAGCAGCAAUCCUGCCUCUGAAUCCAACAGCUCUGAAAAGCAACAACCGGAAAAUAAGAGGGAUGCUGAGAAAACUGUAGCUGCUCCCGAAGAUGCUGUGCAAUCAAGGGCUGAGAGUGAAAGCGAGGAAGAAGAAGAGGAGGAGGAAGAGGAAGUUCCAUUGCUCACAGAAGAAGAGAUGAACAAACUGGGGUCCAAGCUGAUCAAGGCAGAGAUCAUGGGCAACACAGCCAUGGUUGAGAAGCUGAAGGCACAACUGGAGGCAGCAAAUAAAGCCAAGGAGAACUACGCUGCCAGAAAGAAGCUACAAGAAGCGACUAAAGCAAACCAGGUCACAAGUCGCUCCAGUGAAGACCAGGAGAUCUUGCUGUUCAGAACGGAUCAGUCAGGUCGGGCCUGGCCAGUCAAAGGCCCCUCUGGACCUCAGGAGCCCCACGGAGGACGGCGGAAGAAGAAAGCGAUUGAGACCCAUGUUGACGGGGAGCGCGUCCGCUACUUCCAGGAUGACGACAGUGUUGGUCUGAAGGAGAUGGUCAGGAGGGAGAAGAUGAGCUCUGCACAGGAUCAGAAUGCUCUUUACUCUCGCAUGGCUUCCAAGAUGAUGGGCAAAACGGAUGGUGACAACUACACGCUGGAUGACAUGUUUGUGUCGAGUGCAGCACAGCGGGAGGGCGAGGGGAGGGAGGAGGAGAGGAUGAGGAACAGAGCCAUUGGGGAGAGUAGGAGGCUGGCUGCCUCCAUGGAUAAAUGCCAGCACUGUUUCAGCAGCGCAGAUCUACAGAAGCAUCUUAUAGUGGCAAUAGGCAGCAAGGCUUACUUGAGCCUGCCUGCAGGAGUGUCCAUGGCAGAAGGCCACUGUCUCAUCUGUCCUCUCCAGCACCACUGCUCUGCCACUGGAUUGGAUGAGGACGUCUGGUCAGAAAUGCAGCUGUUCCGGCGUACUUUAGUGCGAAUGUUUGAGUCCCAGGAUCUGGAUUGUGUGUUCAUGGAAACGCACAUGAACCCACGUAGGAGACAACACAUGGUCCUCGAGUGUAUCCCUCUACCCAGAGAACUGGGCGACAUGGCACCCAUAUACUUUAAGAAAGCUAUUAUGGAGUGUGAUGAGGAAUGGGCCAUGAACAAAAAGGUCGUCGACCUUUCCUCGAAAGACGUCCGCCAAGCUGUUCCUCGAGGUCUGCCGUAUUUUGCCGUAGACUUUGGACUCCAGGGAGGGUUUGCUCAUGUCAUUGAAAAUGAACAGAAGUUCCCCCAUUACUUCGGCAAGGAAGUGGUAGGAGGCAUGAUGGACUUGGAGCCUCGGCGCUGGAGAAAGUUGAUUAGAGAAAAUUUUGACGAUCAGAGGAAAAAAGUCCUGCAGUUUGCACAGUGGUGGAAACCAUACGACUGUACAAAGACCGAGGGUUAGCUGAAGACACACUCAGAGAAAGGCUUUGCUGAACCGUGAAGAGUAAAUACACAAACUUGGUUCCGAGUGCAGAAAAAACAUUCUGUGAAAAAGGUGUAGACACCGUUUCACCUACAAAUUUGCAAUUUGAUUUAAAAUUCCUAUUAGUAGUUAGAAAUGAGAGCAUUUUUACUUAAAGAAAAAUGAAUAAAAUGACUUUUAGUAGGUGCAAGA